AUGAUUCUAUCUAUCCCACAGCACCACAGCACUCAAACAAUAUAUUAUGAAGCGCGGCAAGGAAAUGACGAGGGGUCGGUUGACGGUGACGGUUGUCGUCAUCAUCUUUCAUCAUUAUCAUCAUCAUCAUCCUCCAUCAUCAUCAUCAUCAUCAUCCUCCAUCAUCAUCAUCAUCAUCCUCCAUCAUCAUCAUCAUCAUCAUGGCUAAGCUUCGCGAACGAAAAUUUGGAAAGGGCUGUCUACCCACGUUUGCUGCAAACGCUGCAAAUGUGGGUGUAUCCUUUCAACCUGCGUAAUAGAUUUUUUAGGAUUGUUGCCGGAAGGUUAGCAAGUCCAUUCUGCCCGUGGAUACACUUUAACCCUUCAGUUGAGAUCUGUUUGACAUGGGAGAUGAUUCUACCGGAGGCAUAUAUCACUGCUAGCACAGCUCGCAACCUCAUUAGGGUACGAAAGCCACUCCCUCAUGACAAGUGGAGAGGCGUAGUUAAAGUACUCCAUUAG